UCCCCGUACUUUUCACCCUCACCUCCUCCGUCCUUUUGUUUCCUCACCACCGCCGUCCCCGCCUUUUCUGUCAGCCCAGUCUCAGCAGCUGCCCCCGCGUCCCGUCCCGCCCCGCCUCCCGGAUCCUCCCUCACAGCUGUCCGCCCGGGCCCGGGCCCUGUAGCCACCCAGUCCAGGGGCGGGUCGGAACCCGCCUCGGAGGAAGUGAUGGAGGCCGAGGGAGGAGAAAGAGCCGCGGCUGGUCACCUUUAUUUGGUAGAUACAUUAACAGGAGAUCCAGAGGUUCUGCAAGUAGAUGCUGAAGCAUACUAUGAAAAACUCUUGAAGAAAUCAUCAUCCACUCCUGAUGUUGUUUCGAUCCCUGGAGGAGCAGAGGUUAAACUUGAAGAUUCCUGUGUGUGUUUUGUCCCUCUCUACCGAAAUAAUCCUACUUCCAAAAUGUUGCUGUUAACUGAUCCAAAGGAUAAAGAGACAGUUUUGGCUGUUUAUGUGAACCAGUGUUGGUGGCCUGUUGAAGAUGUAGUAAAGACAGCUGAUCCUGCUAGAGAUGGCCUAAUAUUGGUCCAGACAUUUGGAGAAAGGAUUGUCCUCUUUGUUCUGAACUACAUUAUUUUUGGAAUGCUAGAAGGGAGUUCAGCUAAUGAUGCAUUCUUUCUACCUCACUCUGCCACCGAGUGUGCCAAGAUACUCUGGAGAAAUGGGGAGGCUGUUGCCUUUUAUUCAGUCAAGAUGAAAGGGAGCCUAUGUGAUGGUACAACCAGUCAAUGUUACUUGCUCCCAGUUUUGGAUACUAUAUUCGUCCGGAGCAAGCACAGAAGAGGUGGCCUAGGGAUGAAAAUGCUGCAUGAUUUCUGUCAGUCUUUCGUGGCUGAGGAUGCCUUGGGGAUCAGCUGCCCUAUUUCUGCUGCAAUGUAUCAAGUUUGCCAGAAAUUCUUGCAGACUUAUCCUGAGGAGCAGAAGCGACUGUGGGAGGUGGAAGCACCAGGAGAUUGGAGCCAGCGAGUGAAUAUAUGGUUAAAAAUUCAGAUGGAGUCAUCCCCUGCAGGAAAGAGUGAAGUGGAUUUCCAAACCAGUAAACCUAGGCAAGCAGGUGUGGACCAGAGGAGUAAGGGUGUUGAAUACAUUCCUGGGGUUGGGAAAGUGGAAAGAGAUGUCACAGAAAAAAAAGAUGACACAGCAGCAGCUCAGACUCUGAACUCACAGAGUCCUGAACAAGAGGACUUGGAACAAGGUGCAGGCAAUACUCAGCACUGCAAAGGAAUCAGAAAAAGAGCAGGCCCUGGGGGCUUAGUUGGAGACAAGGCUGCCAAACAGUUUAGAAUUCUACCAUAAUUACACUUUCAAAAAUCAGCAAAACCUCAGUGUGGGCUUCAAA